UCAGUGCAUGAACGAACCAUGAAAUGGGCACCCAUGCAUGCACAUCCUUUCAUGUGUAUAUACUUACUUCGACAAUGCAUCCAUGGACUAUGGUGGUGUAUUCGGUCCUCACAAUAAUAAAUUAAAGGGAUAGCUACAGGACCAGGCCGGCCGCUGGUCACAUGGAGUGUUCCCUCUCGAUUCAUCAGACGGUCUGGAUUAAAACCCACCAACUCAUCAAGGACCAGCAGCCCUACGAUCUGCCCCACAUCCAACUGAGAGUACCCACACAAAAGUACUCUUCAAGGCAGCAAACAAGUCGCCACCUUUGCCACUCAUGUGACCGACCACUAUCCCUGUGUUGACCUGUCACUGCUUCCACUAUGUCUCCUGCUCUUCUCUUGUAUGUAUAAAAGCUAGCCGUUCGGUCGAUCCUCCACUGCAAAAACUUUAAACCCUGUAUAGCGCGCAAGAGAGAAGAGAAGAACCAGAAGAAGAACAGCAAGAAGAAGAAGAAGAAGAAGAAAACAGAGUCGCAGGUGAAGGAACAGGCUCCAGGUUCCAAGAAUGACGAGUCUAGGCCUUGAGAUCACAGAGCUGAGGUUGGGUCUUCCAGGCGGUUGCCCACCAAAGGAGAAGAAUGAAAAGAAGAGAGAGUUUUCGGAAAUCGCCGAGGAUGAGAACAGCUCCAACAGCGGCGGCGACCGGAAAACCCAAACCAAGACCCAAAUUGUGGGGUGGCCACCGGUUUGUUCUUAUCGGAAAAAGAACAACGUUCAUGAGAAAGAAACUGCCAAAAAUUACGUCAAAGUUAGCAUGGACGGCGCUCCGUUUCUGCGUAAGAUCGACUUGAACACCCACAAAGGAUACCCCGAUCUUGCUGCCGCCUUCGAAAAGCUCUUUGGAUGUUUCGGCAUCGGUGGCGUUUGGAAGGACUCGGACAGUUCGGAAUAUAUUCCCAUAUACGAGGACAAGGACGGUGAUUGGAUGCUGGUGGGAGACACACCCUGGGAAAUGUUUACUGAAUCAUGCAAAAGGCUGAGGAUAAUGAAGAGAUCAGAGGCCAAGGAUGUUGGAUUGCAGUCGAGAGGCUCUCAGGGGAAUCUUCAAGCACUGGUGUCUGAAGAAAAACGAGUUGAACUUAAAAUUUGAUCAGACUGCUUUCACUGUUCCUUUGGUCAUUUCUGUUUCUUCGUUUGUUCAAAUUACCCAUUAGGCUUCAGCUGCUGUAGAUGGCCCCAGAACUCAAAAUGAGGGAGAUCAUUAGCCCUUCCCUAUCAUACAUCUUAGUGUCAUGUGAUAGAAUACAUAUAUACAUAUAUAUAUAUAUAUGUAUAGUUGCUUGUAUCCUUCAUUUUGAGAUAAAAAAAUAAAUGUUAUUUAGAAUGUAAUAGACAGAAAAGAAACAAAGGAAAAGAAAAGAGAGGCAUCUUCAUGGUGUUAUUAUGUUGUUAUUGUUCUAGUGUGUGGUGGGUCAUGUAGUUGUUAAUUGAAUAAGCUUUCUUAUUAAUUGAAGAUGGAGUUUUUUUUGGUACA